UGAAAAAUCCAGUGACCUCAUCAGGAAUCGAAUCUGUGACAUUCCAGCUUGUAGAAUAGUGGCUCAACUGGCUACACAGUCACUUGCCCCUUGACAGAAGGUAACUUAGGAGAAAUAAUUGAAACACAUGAUCUGGGCCAAGGAAGUGUUCGUGUCAUCAUCUGUGGAUACAGUGACUACAUUAUGUGAUCUCUGUUUGAAUGAGGAAUGUUUGCACAUAUUGCUAAGUUGGAUGCAGUAUGGUGAAUGUGUGAAUUCGUAUCUCACUGCAGGGCCGUGUUUGGGAAUGAGCACGUCAGUUUCUGCAGGUUCAGUCCCAACACAUUCUGUUCAGAUCUAAUAAAUAGAACAGCCCUUUGUACAUGAACUUGAUACUGAAUAUUGUUUGUUUCACUUGUCACCCCCUGAAACAGACUUGGUACCUUUGUUAUUCAGAUGUCAGACUAGUCUAAUUCUUUUCUUGUUGUUUGUGUACUGUCUUCUGUUUAUAUUUCUGUUCAAUUUUCAGGUGAUAUUUAUGUUCUGGAAGUUUAAAUUGUGGAAACUGAAGGAAAUACUUGAAGAUCAAGAAUCGUGGUAUGAUGGCUUUUCUACAUUUCAUGUUGGAGGAGAUGGCUUAGUGUACCGGCAUGUUGCAGAUAAGAUGAUGCCAGAUAGUGAAAAAGUAACAGAUGUGAAGAAUACAAACCUAGCAGCAAAACUGGCAUUGUGCAUAGGCAUCCUGUCGCGGUCCAGCACGGCUGACUUAUCACCACUUCUUUCAGCAUUUAGCAGAUUAGAGAAGAGUUCACAGUGUCUGUCUGACAUGAUGCUACCUUUAGAGAAAAUAGAGUGAAAUUUAAAUUAAAACCAGUUCAAUUAGGAGUGUGUGAGCAGCUGAACAUCUUCUACAGUGGUGAACACAGGCACUUUUGUUUGCGUUUCCUGCACAUGCUGAAUAUGCCUAAUUGAAAGUGAAUCACUUUUGUUGCUAAUUUAAAUGCAAAGUGUACAUGAAAUCUAGGAGCCAGGCACCUCAGUCAGUAUAACAGGCUACAUGCCAGAUGGCCGAGGUUUGAUUCCUGGCAGGUGCAAGAGAUUUUUCUCUACUCUCCAAUGUCCAGACCGACUCUGGGGCCCACCCAG